GUCUGCGUGAAGCUGGCAUGGCCUCUCGUUCCCCUGCAUCUGGUCCCCAUUAGCAGAGCCGAGAGUAUAAAGCAGAGAGCUGACAGCGGCUGGGAACACUCGAGUUCCUGCCUGGAUCAUGGGGUUUACUAUCUGGCUGUGCGUGCUGUGCCUGCAGGCGAGCCUGCUGUCACACGCCCUCGACUGCUCAGGAUCAACACAAGGAGAGCUGUGUGUCAGCAGCCAGACCGCAGACGGACAGGUAAGAGGCGCACUUCUAAUGGAUGUGAUAGUUAGGGGUUCACGGUGUCGACCAAGGUGUUCAUUAUGUGUCAGUCACCAUCAGUGCUAAUGUGACACUCCAGGGGUGAGUGACGUCUGUUUGAAUCUUUUUAAAUGUUGUUUUCUUGACUUAACUGCAUGUUAACUAACACUUCUGUCAAAUUAAAGAGAAAAAAGAUCAGAAUUAUCAGCCUGGACACUUUAUGUAAUCGAGUCUGGCACUGACGGUUGGGAUGAUAUCUCUAAAUUUAAGUCAAGGUGAUGUGAUUUUCAAGUUCAAGGGAGAAACAUCUUAAAGUUCAAGAAAAUUACAGGUAAUUUACUUGACAGAUUGAGCAUUUGUGGAUUUUUUUUUUCAUAAAAAUAAUCUUAGUUAAUUCAAAGCUUAAAAAUAAGUCCAUUACAGAUUUAUUGAGCAAAUCCUGUUGGAUAAUCAAUCAGCAUGAACAGUAUGAUGUUUUUAAAGAUCUGGACAAUCUGUACUUUUAAAAUGACUAAAAUAAUACAGUGAUUUAUUUCAGACAUUAUGGUCAGUGUUUUUACAGUCCGGGUCAGAGGAAACCGGCGUCUCUGCUGGAAUGUGACUUUGCUCUGACUCCUCAGAAAAGAAGCUGCCGUGACGAUAAUAGUGGUCAAGUGUGUAACAGGCUGGCCAGGGACGUGUACAGUCUAAACCCUGACCUGUUGAGACGUAUCAUUUAUUUUUCUGACAGAAACAAAGUCUCAUUGUGAUGGUUUUUACAGCCACGCUGCCACCACACUGAAAAUAUACCCCUCUGUGGAACAAACUCUUUCAGCUCCCUUUUUUUGGCUUUUCAUGUGGCAGACGGCUGUUAUACUUUAACCUCGUGGUUAGCAUUUUUCUGUGGACGGUCCUCAUGUUGUGUCCAAAGUAAUCACCCUCAUCUGGACAACGGAUUCAGCAGCUGCAGGAGCAGCGAGGAGGAUUUUCACCCACACAUGAAAGACUUCUCGUUGGGAAUUCUGCUCCAUCUGAGGGACUUUGUGCCACAUAUGUGCUUUUCUCAACAGCGGCUAUUUGUAUUGUAAUUACAGCAUGCGCAAUUUGAAGCUUCUAAUGUGGUGACAACUAACUAAUACCCGAUGCAGCAUCUUUAAGGAGGCUACAUUUGGUUUAGCUCACUUAUGUUUACCACCAAGGUCACUCAUGUUUAAAAUGAAUACAUUAAAGGAGUAAUUUAUGGGAAACUGCAUCCCAUUAUGUGCACAACAGCAGAAAGCCAGAUGGGUUGUGGCAGGUUUUAAAUGGGGAUAAAUUUUGCUUAAUAUUCCACACACUCCACAAACUCUUCUCCGCACACAUACACAAAACAUACGGCUCAGUUUAAUUAAGUUUGCGCAACAUUGCAGUUCCCAGCUGUGGCUUAAAGUCAGAAUUGGUGCCAUGUUUGGUGACUGGAGUGUUGCAGAGAUUUAUUUGUUUUUGUCUAGAUUUUGCUGAAGCAGGGGCUUUGUCUGUCUGUGUCCUGUCUAUGAGAAAGUGGUGUGUAAUUGUGCUGUAGAGUCUUUUUUUAAUUAAUUUAAAUCUACUUUCAGUUUAAGAAACAACAGCACAGCUUUUUUUUAACUCUUGAUUCUCGCCCUUUCUUAUUUACAGUAUGCUGAGCCAAACCAGCAGAGGGCGCUACCAUUGGCAGAUGAACUGGUAGGUGCCAUUGCUUACCCGUGUUCUUCUUAUCUUGAGUCAUUCAGAUGCUCCAUGUGUGAGUUAGAAAGCAGGCUUAACUCUGAAGAUGUCUGGAUUAUCGGCAAAAAAGAAGGGAAACGUGGUUAGGAUGCUAGAAAGACAGAAGAAACAAGAACAUACAGCUAUCGUUAAUCCAUACAAACGACACAAUUAGCUAACUGUUAUGGUUAGCAAAAAAUGAGUGUGUCAUUAUAUAGAAACAGUUACAGCAGGUUUUUACAAUUAUAGCAAUGGAUGCAUUACUGCACUGGGGUACAUAUUUCAACUACGACAUCCAGACAGUUUAGCUGUGGUUGUGAGUGGUUUGUCAAGACUUUCUUAACUGGAGUGACCAAAAUAGGGCACUAAGUCAUGCAGGGGUGUGACUUAACCUAUGAUAUAUUCUUUAAUUAUUGUCAUUUAAGUGUUAUACAGAUGAUAUUAUCCUGUUUAUGAUAGUCUUACUUUCAAAAAACACCAAAGAGGAAAUAUUUAUUUCUGACCGUUUGAGAGAAAUAUACUGAAAAUUUGCAUCUGUCUACUAAAACAGAUGUGUUUUCUUCAAUUUAAAUACCAACAAAAGAAGCUGUGCUUAAUUUAAGGACACAUAAAACCCCAAAAAGUUGAGUUUAACUAAUAUCCCUUCUAAAAUAAGAUGAAGAGCCAGUAAGUUUUAGGAUCUUGAGGCAGCACCCAGAAUAAGUAGCUCUCAGAGUGGACCCAAGCCACCCUUGGCUACCCAUUUAGACACGCCCCUGCUGCUCUGUGAAUUCUUAAAUAUUCCACUAAUAUCAAUGCCUAAUUCAAACUAAAACAGUCAUCCAAUUAUAGACCAACUGCAAUCACUGUAAGCCUCUAAAUGGCAUCAAGGAUUGCAAAGCAAAUAUUUUGUGGCUUAUGUGGACGUUUUUGUUUUCAACAGAGCAGAAAAGAGAAAGAGCAGGAAGUCAUUACCCAAUACUGGAAGCAGUGUUUUUAUUCCCACACUUACAUAACUUGGGGAGUAAAAUGGGACAUUGAUUAGACUCUAGGCCCUGCAGUACCAUCAUAAAUUUACCACAAAGUCCUAAUUGGCGAACAGAAACCUGUUGUUUCUACAAGUGACAGUCCAUUUAUUAAGAAAACGAGCGGAUCAAUAGCGGAGCUUGGUUUAUGUGGAGAUCAAUGAGGAAUGCAGGAAAUGGCAGAGACGCCGGCAAUCAUAAUUUUGCAGUUUAGUUCCCUUUAUUUGGAGUUUGACUGCCAGUAAAGAGAAGAGACUUACUGGAAAAGCAAAAAGAAUAUUUUUUUUCACAUAAGACUCAAUGCAGCGGUGCAGGAGCUGUUGUUUCCCCUCUGUGGGUGUGGGUGUGGUUGUGACUGUCUCGUCCUUGUAGGUUCUGUUCAGACGAAAGAGACAGCUGGAGCGGAGGGGUCCCACCCACCUGAGCCACUCCAGCCUGCCCGGGGCCGUCUCUGUCAAAGGCUUCCCUAACACUCUCAUCCAGGUAAGCCAAUCUGGUUAGUCACACAGGAGUCAGAGUGAGCACAAGCCACAUGUGGGGGAGGCAGUGACUGCUUAACAAUCCAGAGAAGUUCUAGUCAUACUGAAUCAUCUGACUGCAUGGGCUGAAAAACACAAACUCAUCCUUGGAAACCACAUUAUUUGUUCAUUAGACUGGUAAAAAAGUACGAAACAUGAUCAAUUAUGUGACAUACAGGCCCAAAGAUGUGAGAACAGUAUCCAUGACAGUGUGUACUAAUCCCUGGGUGUUGUUUUAAAGGCUGAUAGGUCCAGACGCCACUUGGCUCAAGCUGCGACAAAGAAAAAGAACAAGCGUAAAUCCCGCGUUGGCUCCUUCUCCCUCCUUAGCAACGACAAGAAAUCCAACCCCCUACAGGUGAGUUUCCGUGGCAACCACAAGCUGAUAAAACAGCUGGGGUGAAGAGGCUGGAUGUGGAGGCAGAGUUAUGAGGCCACCAUACUUUGUUUUAUAAGAUGACUUUGGUGAACUUUAAGGUUCUGUGGGUUUGUUGAAUUCGCUCCUUGACUUCUUUUCCGUGUUUGAUUUAAUUCAAAGGUGACUCGGGCGAAGAGACAGGUGCACAUGGAUCCACCAAAAAGAGGGAACUCAGGUCGCUCUGGGGCUUUCUCUGUCCUGGUGAGUCAUUUUAUCACAUUUAUUCCCUCAAUCGUGUUUUUUUUUCCCUUUGCUGUUCAGAUUCAUUAUGUUUUCUUUGUUUUACAGGGAGAUCCACAGACUGAUGGACAGACCGACAGACCCAAAAGAAGCAUUUAGAAGAUGAGUGCAGCAAAAUAAAGCCGAACAAGCAGUGUGGACAGUACACAAGUCCACGUUUUUACUAAAUCAUGUCAAGAAAUUGAUGAAUAUUAUGAACAUUUGACAUAAGGGGAAAAUCUUCUGUGUUUAUCUAGUUCAAUAUUUGUGCCCAUCAGUGCUGUUUCAACUGUAGGCCAGCUGAUUUUAAAGGGACAGUCAAGUACUUUUGAAGUGGAGCUGUAUGAGGUACUUGAAGACAGUAAAUAAAUUACCCACAAGAGAGGUGGCAAGUUUGGCAACUUUGUUGGGAUACAUGAAGUUUUUUUAACAGUUACAAAUGUUUCUAGAUCAAUUUUAGAAACUAUAAAGUUGCUGUGUGUGUACGCUAUAUUCAGAAGUUUGUCAUGGCCUUGCCGCCACAACGUUUUUGCACUAUUUGUAGACGUAAAAGGAUGUUCCCCUGUCUGCACUUUGUAUGUUUCAGUAUGAGUUUUGAUAUUUGUUUGAGACCAUUUCAGAAACGUAUCUCCUACAUAUUAUGCAGCUAUCAUAAUCAUGUCUGUAGGGUUUGUUAUUUUAGUACAGUCUUCCCCUUCAACAGCCAGAAGAUUUCAUUUUUAUGUCAUAUUUUAAGGCUUUUAAUUGCAUUUAUGAUUUCCUCAGAGAGUACAGGACAGUGGCUAAGCAGGACAUGAGGAGGGAGGGUGGGAAAUGACAUGAGGGACAGGGGCCACAGGCUGAAACCAAACCUGAACUGACCACUUGAGGCAAAACCUCAUAUAUGAGGUGCAUGUGGGUAGACUACAAUGUCGGCACCACCUCAACGCAGUGCCAUCAUCUAAUAAAACUCACUAACUUUGAAAAAGUACUUCCACAAUAGCCCAUUACAAUCCAGAAUAGUUGAUAAAACAAUCAGGAAGGAACCCUGGAUGCUGAGUGAUGCAGACUGCUGGUGAAUGUAAGCCAAUGGUGUCCACUGAUUCAGAAAAGGUACUGAUGUUAUCAAGUCAUACUUAUGACAGCAGUAGCUUUAAGAUGGUGGGCUCGCAGUUUACACACCAGCACCCAUCAGGAUCACACAGUCUAAGAUAUGGUUGUAUUUUUUUAUUUUUAUUUUUUUGUCUGUACAGAAACCCUCAGACUAUAACAAACAAUUUGUGUAAGGCUGGUAGAGGAACACGUGUGUUACGUCUGCAAAUAGUGCAAAAACAAAGUGGCUUCCUGACUGCUGAAGUAAAGCUAUGAAACAUUUCUAAAUAAAGUGUACUCUUGCUGUUUGAAACAGACUCUCUUUAAAGCAACUGUAAGGAGUUUUUUUUAUGUUUAUGAAAAAGACUGAAAUUCACAUUGAUGUCUUUUCAUUAUACCCUAAAGAAAUAUUAAGUGUUCCCCAUAAAUGAUCAAUUUGACCACCAAAAGAUGCAACUUAUGCCUUCAGAGGACAAGAAAAGCAAAGACUGCUUUCUUCACAUGGAUGCAAAAGUUGACACGAACCAGUGUCAUUACAGUUCAUUACAGGAGCUUUAAGUUGGCUAAAUUAGGUUCAAAAGUUGACCCUGUCUGAAGCUGUUGAUAGCCUAGCUUACUUGCCAGUUCUAAACUAACCCAGCAUUUCCUGUGGGUGUUACACUUACUAGUGACAAGUUCCUCAUCCAUCCCUACAUAAUAAAAACAAGCUGUCCCUUAAAGUGUUGGUCUACACUACGAAAUAAUUACUAUGUACUGUUUUUAGUUUCUAAUAUAUUCCUGCAUGUUCAAAAAUCAAAUGAUCCCAUGUCAUUAUUAUUAUUAUUAUUAUUAUUAUUAUUAUUAUUACAGUUUGCCAUUUUGUUGUUACCUAUUUAAUCACAGAUUCCUGAUAAAGAUUGGGGUUAUAUUUUUGCAGAAAUAUUUCUUGUGUUGUUGUAUCAGAUUUGAAUAAAAGUUUAGUUGGUG